UUGAGCUCAUGGACUUAGGCUCAAAGGAUGAUGUGCGAGUUGUAGGGAUUAGUGGGAUGGGGGGAGUAGGGAAGACGGCUCUUGCCGGAGAUGUCUUUAACAAAAUCUCCCACCGUUUUGAUUCUGCCUAUUUCAUCUCCCCUCCAACUACCGCUCAAGUUUAUCUUCCAAGUCAAUCCAUAUUAAAGGAGGCAUUUCUUCGGAUAGCUUUGCCAAAAGAAUUUCAACUUGAAUAUUUAAAAAGCCCAAGACUCCACAGGAUGCUUGUUGUUUUUGAUGAUGUUGAGUACUCGAAACCUUUUGAUGAUGGAGGAUGGAUUAGAUGGUUGUUUGGAGGAGGAAGUAGAAUUAUCAUAACAAGCAGAGAUGAGGGACUCCUUAGACAUCUUGGAGUAGAUGAGAUUCACAAGGUGGAACUUUUGAAUCAAAAUGAAGCUCUUCGACUUUUCUGCAAAAUUGUUUUCAAAAGUAAUAAACCAAUGACAGGCUAUGAGGAGCUGACCCUGGAAGCACUUAAAUAUGCUGAUGGCCUUCCAUUAGCUAUUCAAUCAGUAGGUUCAUCGCUUGUUGAUCUAAGUGUCUCAGAGUGGAAAAGUGUGUUGACCAAACUUUAAACAGUUCCUGACCCUUCAGUACUCGCAGUACUUAAGAAAAGUUUUGAUGGGCUCACAGAUUGGCAAAAGAAUGCUUUCUUGGAUAUUGCAUGUUGUUUUGCAGGACAAAAGAUUGAUUAUAUCAAGGGAAUUUUAUUUUGUCGAUGUCUUUCUAGAUAUUAUCGUGAUAUGAUAAUCGAAAGUCUCAUAGGAAAGUCACUAAUAAACAUAUCAAGUCAAAGAAUAAAAAUACAUCGUAUUCUACAACAAUUAGCAAAAUUAAUUGUUCAACAUGAAUCCCCUGAACCUGGAAAGCGGAGUAGGAUAUGGAAUUAUGAAGAUUUUCGUCAUAUCAUGGAGACAAAUACUGGAACUAAUCGUAUUCGAAUCAUAGUACUCUCAAAUGAUGAAGAGCAUCCACAUAGGACAACAUUGAACAUAGAAGGUUUAUCAAAAUUGAGGAGACUCAAAAUCCUUAUACUCCACAAUGUGAAAUUUUCAGGAAAUCUUGAUGAUCUUUCUAACAACUUGAGAUAUCUUUCCUGGCAUAAGUAUCCACUUAAUUAUUUGCCAUCAAAGUUUAAGCCAAAAUGGCUUGUGAAAUUGAUCAUGCCAGACAGCAGCAUAACACAACUGUGGAGAGAUGAAGAGAAAUAUAUUCCGCUGUUAAGGAGCUUGGACCUCCGCGGCUCUAAAGAUAUGAAGAAGAUACCUGAUUUUAGAAGGCUUCCACGUCUUGAGAGGUUAGACUUGGAAGGAUGUACUUCAUUAGUGCAGCUUCAUCCUUCUAUUGCGUCUCUUCCAAAUAUCAAGUUUUUGAAUUUGAGAAACUGCACAAAUCUAGUGAGUAUUCCAAAUGAAUUAUUUGGCAAAAGGUCUCUUGAAUUUCUAAAUCUAGCUGGCUGUUCCAAAUUUGCCCAAAGUUUGAGGUUCAAGGGAGUAACAUUAAGUUGGUCAUAUGUUAGACUUAUGUGGCUUUAAUCAUGUAUUCAUUAUAUGAACACAUCUCUUUCUUUGCAUUCAGCUCUAUCAA